AGAACUGUUCCUCCUGCAGGUGUAUCUAUAUCGGGUGGUCUUUCCAAUGCUUUGGAUGCUUUAAGCUCUCCAUGCAUUGAAUCAUUGAAAGAACAGUAUGUACUUGAUGAAAAUGAUAAAUACGAAAGCGAGUUCUUAUCUGAGCUCACAUCAUUCGAGAAAGUAGACAAUUCGAUUGUAACUAAACUUCAAAUUUAUAACAAAGACAUUGCACAAUACAAGAUAAUUUUUUUGCCUGAAAGCAAUGAAGAAGUAGAAUGGAAGCAAUCUGAGGAUUCUUGGAGCGUGAUUGAAGACCGGAUUGUCAAAUCAAUAUCAGAAAUAGUAUCGCAAGACAUUAAGAAUCUCCUAGAAAAAUAUAAUGAAUCAAUCAAGAAUUCAUUAACUGGAAUUAAUAUAGAUAUCAGCAAAGUAGCAAUGACUGUGAACGAAAAUACAUUUUCAAAACAAACAGAUUACAAUUUAGAAGAGAUUGGCCUCUCCAAUCAAAAAUCAGAACAACGGAGAGCUAUAUGUUGGUCACAUGAUGCAGCAUUGUCAAUAAAGAUUACUGGUCUUGAUUUUCGAGUUGGUUGUGGUGAAGUGGUGGGAAACCCCUGCUUUCAUAACGAUAAUAAAUAUUGUGAGGACAGGGAAAAACUGUUGAAAGAAAGAGAUUUCCGAAUAUAUUCUACGCAUUGGGUCAAUGGCCUUUACUUGGUAGACCAAGUGGAUAGGUUUGAAAUUCCGGAUAAUGCUGACCAAAUAGAUCAAUUAUCAAGUAUAAUUGAGGUUAUGCUAGCUUUCAAGUUUCGUGUUAAGAAGCUUAAACAAUAUAUCGAAGGAAUUUUGGACGCAGAAAAGUUGUUGGAGCUGUUGUAA